AUGGCUCCUCCAAAAUCUUCCAGCAGCAAACACUCCAAGAAGACCCAAGAUUCAACUCUUCAUCCUGUGCACGAGUUGAAUGGACCAAUGAUUGUUGGAAACCAACAAUACGUUCCUGAACCUCCCAAUGAGAGAGAGAAGGAAUGUCCACUCCCCAAUCCAGAUAUUAAACCAGAUCGUCUGAAAGAAUUUUUUCCCACCUAUUUCCAUACCAAACCCAUAGGUUCUGGAGUAAAACCUCAACCUCAAGAGAAAACUGUAGAACAAAUUGAUCCACAAAGUUCGACUGAUGAUGGAGAGUUGAAUUUAACUUAUUUGAAUUAUGGUAGGAUCUUUAGAACUUGUCCAUGGUCGAAAGACCCUUCAGGCUAUUUAUCCUGGCUAGAUAAGGUUGAAAAGAUUAAAGGAGAUUUCUGGAAGGAAAUAGGCAUUUUCGACCUCAUUCAAUUGUCGAGAGUAGGACCCAACAUUUGCCUCAAUAUGCUUUUAGCUUCCCUCUAUUUUUGGGACAAUACUUAUAACACUUUUCACCUUCCUUGUGGGAUGGUCACACCCACUCUCUUCGAUGCAGCAACCAUCGUUGGCCUUCACCCCAAUGGGAUAGAUUUCAACCCCACCAACCUAAAUGAAGAUUCUAUAGCUUUCGACACUAGCUUUGCUCCAUACUCUUUAUUCAUGUCUCAUUAUCAUGACAAGGAUACCACAGAAGUCUCGGAUGUCGAACAUAUAGCCUUUUUGACUCUAUGGCUAACAAAAUAUGUGUUUUUCUCCCGUUCCCUCCAAGUUGCCAAAAGAUUUAUCACUAUGGCCAAUCAGCUUCACGCAGGAACCAAACUAUGCUUAAGUGAAAUGAUUUUGGCGAAUCUUUACGAAUCCUUGAGUGAGAGUGUAAAUUUUUUGAAAACCAUCAAAGACAGAUGUAAAAUCAAUUUGUCAGGACCUUUCUGGCUUUUACAAUUAUGGCUCAAGGCCACCUUUGAAGCUUCUCUUCCUGUAAAACACGAAGUGAACGAAGAGAAAGUGAAGGACGGGACUGUCGAAUGGCUUAGGUUGGUGCAACUAACGCCAACUGAUGAAGGAAUUAGCCUUCGACAAGCUUUCAACGGUUAUGUCAUGAUGUUUUCCAAAAGGUAUCAUUUUACUUCGACCAUGGCACCCUUUGCUAGUAGAAAAAUUGGACCUGAAUGGUUUACCCAACAACUGCCCUUGGAAAUGCAGAAGGAUGAGAAUAUAUUUCUGGAUGUUUGGGAAUCAUUUUUAACCCCCGGGCUCCUUUUUUCCCAUCAUAACGUAACCAAAACCCAAAUAGCUUUGAUAGUCUACCAACCCAAUCUCGUUGCUAGACAGUUUGGCUUGAUCCAAAUAAAACCUCGACCCAUCUUCCCAAAGAAAGGAUCUAUCAUUUUUUACAACUCCCUUUAUAAUGAAGAUAGGAGCAAAGAGCUGUCGAAGAAGCUAACUGAUGAUUCUCUUGAUAUUCGACCAGUGAUCUUUCGACCAUCUUUCCUCUGUACUCCUGAGUUUGAUGAGUGGUGGAAGGAUUAUUAUUCUACCAGAUUUUUUGACGUAACAACCUUCACCACACAUUUAAUAAAUGCUUUUGCUUUCGUGCAGGAUCGGACCAAAAAAGCCGUAAAGAUCCCUACCAAGAAAGCUUCCGUUGAAGCGUCAUCAGGUGCUGCUAAGAAAUCUUCGACAAAGGUAAGUCGAAAGCCCCCACCAGUCCAAAAAAGAAAGAAAGAAGAGGAGAAAGUUCCCAAUGAAGAAUCUGGUGAUGAAUCUCCAGAGCCAAACUCCCCUCCUCAGAAGAAGACAAAAAACAAGAGGGUCUCUUCCCAAAGAUCCAUUGUUAAGUCAGCUAAAAAAGAUUCUUCAAGUACUCCAACUUCCAAACUUCAGUCGAAGGAUACAGAGAGUAGGAAAUCUAGUUUUAAUACUGAGAUUCCUGAGAAACAAUUGGCUGUCGAAGGAAAACCUACAGAUAAAAACAAACCAAAACCUGAUAGUGGUUCUACUCUCAAAACUGUCAGCUCGACGUCCACUUCUCCGAAGGAUUCGACAAAAGGAUCAACAAUGGAGAUGGCGCAGACAAAAAUUAAUCCUGAACCUGAGAAAACUCUGGAAGAGACAGUCCAAGAAGAAGAUAUCCCCAAAAAUGAUCAUGACAAGCAGACUGUAGCAGAAUUCGACGCUACAAUAAGUGAAGCUUCUGAAGACGAUUCUCCUCCUCAUCCAGGAUUAAAUGCUGCAAAUACGGGCGAUGACACUGACAUGGAAACUGGUGUCGAAGAUGACCAUGAAGAAGAAACCGCUAAAGAUGAGGAUGACCAAUCGAAACAACCAGAUGCUGGGAAAACUUUAGGGCGAAGCACUCAACCCGCUCCUGACCAGACCAAAGGAAGUGCCAUAUCAACUGGUUCGACUGGUUUCUCUUGCGAAGAGCUUGAGAGUCUCAAGGUGCAGAAACCCUUAGAAUAUCUGAAGGCCAUGCUUAGUGCUCGUCACAAUUUUCAAGAUUCUUCACAAAGCAGUUCGACUACCUCUGGGGCCACUUCUGAAGCGCAAUCUCUUGACAACAUCUUGACCAAGAUUAAGACGAAAAUCCUUGAUGUUGACUUGUUCAAAGUUUUAGAAGAAAACGCCACUGCUCACAUUGAACUCAAGAAGAUUCUGAAACAAAUUAACGUCUUGGAAACUUCUGCUGAGGUUGGCAAUUUUUUAAUGGAGCUGAUGACCCUCAUUGACUUGGCGACUACAGACCUUCAUGGUCAAAGAGAUCUCUCCCAGCAAAUCUCCACAAAAUCCGAGACUCAAGUUGUUGAAUGGGAUGCUGUUGCUACUUCGACUGACGAAGUUUCAAAGUUGCAGCAGCUUUCUGAAACUUAUAUCAAAGAAGUUGCUGCUUGUGAUGAUAAUAUCCAGAAAUGGGAGAAACAAAUAGCUGUUCUUCAAGAAAAAAUCUCCUAA